GUACAGCUUUGAAAAUUUGUUAACCAAAUGUCCUGUUGUGAAUUCUUCGGGUUCAAAUAUAGUUUAAUAAAAAAAGUUUGUGAACCGUAUGCUGCGGCUUGUUAAAAAGUGAUCCGAAAGUCAGGUUUUAGCAAUUUACAAUCUUUUUAGAAAAAGCUUCCCAUAUAGGGUGUGGAAACAUAUUUAAGAACUCAGUAUUUGCGAUGUAUAUGAUUCGCGUAACAAAGAAAAUUCAAAGAAUUAUAAAACCGUAAUAUCCUCACGGCUACCAUAUGGACCGUUGUUUAUUGUUUAAAACACGAUCGGGAUAUUUGGUUCCUGUGUACUGAAGGUGUAUCAUAUUUCCUCGCAGUUCUAGAUGUAUACGAAGUCCAGAUUUAAAUAUUAAAACUUUGGUUGAAACAUGUCGAAAGAAGAGUUUGAAGAGUUGAACGUGUUUGGUUUUUAUCAAAAGAGACUUUCUUUGCUUUUGUUGCUUUCUACUAUACCAAGUUGUGCUUUGACAUUUCGUUUUCUCUUCACUUUAUACGAGCCAGAGUUUCAUUGCGACGUACCAUCGGCGUUAUCAGAGAAUUAUCUCAACGUAACCAAAUCCAAAUACGAAUACCUGCUAAAUUCGACGGUUCCUUGGACCACCGACGAUAAGCAAGAAUUAGUGCGAAGCGAGUGUUCCAAUUACGACGUAUCCGAUAUCGAUUUUUUAACAAACAAGAGUGGAACCGUAUGGCUCGUAAACAGAACAUUACCAUGCAAACAAUGGAGAUUCGCACAAGAUGGGGUUAGCGCUCUAACCGAAUUUAAAUUCGUAUGCGAACGCGCAUGGAUGAAGCCUUUUUCGUUUACAAUCUACGCUGUGGGAAAAAUGUGCGGUACGUUUGCAAUUGGCCCAACAUCUGACAAAUUCGGUCGUCGAGUAGUUUUCCUGGCGACCUUAGCUUCACAAUUUCUGGUAGCGUUGCUUAUGAGCUUUUCACCUACCGCUUCCAUGUAUAUGUCCAUUCUGUUUUUUACAGGAGCUACAGACGUGGUUUACUCAGCUGCAUUUUCACUAGGUAUUGAAUUUGCCUCGACAAAAAAGCGAACAUUUAUCACAUUCUGUUGUCAAAUGGGAUUUUCCCUGGGGUUUCUUGUUUUAACGUUUCUCGGUUACUUCUUCAGAGAUUGGAGAUGGUUGUUACGAGUAUUUAGCUUCUCAGGGCUUUUGUAUAUCCCUUACUAUUGGUUGAUUGACGAAUCGCCACGUUGGUUGAAGUCGAUUGGUCGUGAAGAAGAAUCUCAAAGAAUUCUGUCAAAAAUUGCCAAGUUGAACAAAACGCACAAAAUUUCUUCGCAGGAUUCAAAUGAACUGGAAACUAAACUUUUCGAUUCCCCCAAAAACGAAAAAGAGAAUGGUCUCAAAUUUUUCGAGUUGCUGAAAUUGCUUGUGAAACAACCGGUUUUGUUGAAAAGAAUACUCGUUGUCUUCUUUGCCUGGUACUGCACCAGCUUGGCAUAUUUCGUCAUUGGUUUGAACACCAACAAUUUGUCAGAAAACCGAUUUUUGAAUCUCUGUGUUUUGGGACUGCUCGAUAUUGCUGCAACUGCAGGCUAUUAUCUGAUCGCUGGUAAAGUCGGAAGAAGGAACAGCUAUGUUUAUAUGAUGCUGGUCAUCGCAUUGCUGUCUGCAAUUACACCUUUCGUAAAUCAAUGGAGCACAGUAUUGGUUGCUGUUAUGGUUUGUGUGUGCAAGUUUGCGGCAUCUCUCCUUUUUACAGUAAUCUAUGCUCACACGAACGAAUUGUUUCCAACAACGCUGCGUCAGUCUAUCAUGGGCAUGUCUGGUGUCACGGCAAGAAUCGGAUCACUAACCGCUCCGUAUAUCUUGUUUGCAGGUGACCCUAAUAAAGUUAAAACAAUAUCAAUUGCAAUCGGAGCUGUUCUAUUGGUAUCUUCAGCUUUGUACAGAUUUCUGCCAAAGACCAUCAAUGAACCGUUGCCUCAAACCAUCGACGAUGCCGUUGCAAUGGGAAGAUCCCAUGUCGCUUGCUUUAAACUUCGAAGAAGCAAAAGUAGCAGAGAUGAAGAAGCUACUAUGAGCUGAACUAUACUUCCAUUGUGUUCGUACACUAACUACUUAUAUUUAUCUUCUUGUUUUUUAUUAAAACAAAAAAUAUUCAGAAUUGUAUAACCGUCUCAUCACGAACUUAAAAGAGCGUCACUCAAAACGUCUGAAAUCUAACUCAAUAAUAUUAAAUGACCUUAAUGUAUGUGAAACCAAGGUGCCAUUGAACGAUUUAUGUGAAUACUGCUUACCACAAAACUUAACUUCAGAAUGCAUUAAUGCAACAUAUAUAUAAGUAAGCCUACAGCCUUUUGAUGGUUUACAUUUUUGAAUGAAAACACUUUUUCAUCUGGGAGUGCUCUCGCUGUAGUUAAUUCCCAAUAACUGUGGAAUUUAAAAUAAACGCCAGAACAUUGUUUUCUUCCAAUA